AUAUAAUAGGCUCUGCUCUGUCCCCACCCGGGAGGGGCGGAGAAAACCCAUCUCGGCGAUGACGCGCGGGGGCGCCGGCCGCAUGAGGCGCUGAGGCGGCAGGGCCCUGGCUCAUUCCUCCCCAUCAGAGCCCCCCUGGUCGUGCGCUUGUCCCCAGGGGUAGGGUGGAAGGUCGUAGAACUCCAAGCUGAAGCGCCCGCGGGUGGAGGGGCGAGGACGGCAGCCAGCAGAGCAGAGAGGGCGCAAGCAAGGGAGCGGCCCGAGCAGCGGGGAGAAUGAGCGGGCGCCUUCCUUGGUCCCGAAGCAGCCCCCCAGGCACCUCAGCCAUCGCUGCCAUCUAGGGGCCGUAGGGGCCCCACCGGGCGGGAAGAGAAAGCGGAGGAGGUCCCUGGGCGAUUAGGAACCUGGCCGGAGAGCAGGAUGCAGCGCCCCAUGGAGCUGGGCGCCGCGCAUUACUUCCCGGCCGAAGCCUUCCCGGACCACCGCUCCCACCGCUACCGGAGUUUCAUGAUCGAAGAGAUUCUCACUGAUCCUCCAGACGCAAAGAGUGCUGCGCCGGCUGCCGCUGGGGAACUGCUCAAGUUCGGUGUGCAAGCAUUGCUGUCUGCGAGGCCCUUCCACAGCCACCUGGCGGUGCUGAAGGCAGAGCAGGCAGCGGUCUUCAAGUUCCCCUUAGCGCCCCUGGGCUGCUCCAGCCUGGGCUCUGCACUGCUAGCCGCAGGUUCCGGACUCCAAGGAGGUUCCGCCUCACCUCACCUCCCUCUGGAGCUGCACCUCCGUGGAAAGCUGGAGUCUGGCCCGGCCGAGCCGGGUACCAAAGCCAAGAAGGGCCGGCGGAGCCGGACGGUCUUCACCGAACUGCAACUCAUGGGCUUGGAGAAGCGCUUCGAAAAGCAAAAGUACCUCUCCACGCCGGACAGAAUAGACCUCGCUGAAUCAUUGGGCCUGAGCCAGCUGCAAGUGAAGACUUGGUACCAGAACAGAAGGAUGAAGUGGAAGAAAAUAGUGUUACAGGGCGGCGGUCUCGAAUCUCCUACUAAACCGAAAGGACGCCCCAAGAAGAAUUCCAUUCCCACCAGCGAACAGCUGACGGAGCAGGAGCGGGCCAAAGAGGCAGAGAAGCAGGCGGAGAAUCUAAGCUCGCCUUGUGAAGUCAACCAGGAGGAGUGAGCGUGGUAACCAGAAUUCUUCCGCCUUGCGGCCGUUACCGACCCGGUGGACAGUCAGUGCCUCGACCCUGGGACCGCUCUCCCUUAGACAAACCAAAGACUACCUUCAAGGUCUUUCCUCCAGAGGACAGGAUUAGCCUAGAGGACAGACUAAACCGUGCCAGACCUUAUUCGGGCGAGGCAUUUUUGCCAUUCUCUUCCAUCCUGGGAACAGAUCAAGUGUCGGUCUCCUGCUCUUUUCUCCAAAAUGUACUGAGCUUAUUUGGAGCAGCAUUAAGGAUGGAGAGGAGUGUCUGCUGCUGAAAAAAAAAAAAAACCUUUUGUUGUUGUUGUUUGUUUGUUUCCGCAAAACUGUCCCACUGAGUAAUUCAAGGAAGCCAGAAUUAAACAAAUAGGGAAAAAAUAUGCCACCCACCCAAGAAACAAAAGAAACUUCAAACGAAUUUUAAUGAUUGAGGAGAAAGUUUUUUUGUUCCUGCUGAAGGGGUAUUUAAGGUUUCGGAACCGCCCUACGGGUGGGGGCGCGCGCACACACACUCACGCGCACGCAAGUUCACACUCACUCACACUCAUGCCCUUGCAGGGCUUGGCCACUUCCUGGAAGGACCUCUCCAAGGUACGGGAGUCCCAACGGUCUCGAUGCGUCUCUGGAGUCCUAGGUUCGGAAGGGGCAAACCCAGAGGUAUCGGAGACCAAACCCAACCCUCGAUCCUGGGACUCGAGCCUUUCCCAAAGCUCCGCCUUAACUUGAGAAGAUAGUGACUUUAUUCCAAUAAAGUAUUUUAUGACACAAGGGCUGGGGUUGAUGCUUCUGCCGCUACAGCUGUCUUGUUUCGGCCGAGGCUGAUUUCUCUCGGCCUGUCUCGGGUGCCCGAGGUUUUAGGGGUUAGCAGAUUCAGCGUAGCGGCUGGAAAGAGUGUGAAUGGCACCGGUUUUUUUUUUUUUUAAGUAACUUGACGAAAAAAUAUUUUUGGGUGGGGGAGUAUCUGGUCUUUUGCUUCAAAGCAGAUGUGUCUCUGCGUGGCUGUAUGGUUGAUGCUCUGCGAUCGACUUUUAAUAUUGUUUUUCUGGAUUAUCAA